GAGACAGUGGCAGUGAGGUUACUGUCCCGGUGAUAGGAGACAGCAGCAGUGAGGGAACUCACCCGGUGGUCGGAGACAGUGGCAGUGAGGGAACUCUCCUGGUGAUAGGAGACAGCGGCAGUGAGGGCACUCUCCUGGUGUUAGGUGACAGCAGCAGUGAGGGAACUCUCUCAGUGAUAGGAGACAGCAGCUGUGAGGGCACUCUCCCGGUGAAAGGAGACAGUGGUAGUGAGGGCACUCUCCUGGUGAUAGGAGACAGCGGCAGUGAGGGCACACUCCCGGUGUUAGGUGACAGCAGCAGUGAGGGAACUCUAUCAGUGACAGGAGACAGCAGCUGUGAGGACACUCUCCCGGUG